AUGGACCGUCAUAUCGUCAAUCUUGUUGAGAAAGUCGACCGCGCAUGGGUUGACUACAGCGUGGCAAAAUGUGCCUAUACUACGUAUAAAAUGUCCAUCUUCUACAGAGAGAGAAACCCAGAGAUCCAAGAAUGGGGCGACAAGCAAUACCACAGUGCCGUGGAAGGACUUUUGCAGCAAAAAGAGUUGCUGCAGCUUCUACAGCAAAGGGCCCCAAUCAAGUUGCCAGAGGCCGUUUCCCGAGUCGUACAAUUCGAUUUUCUAUCGCCAGAUCUGGACCGCCAGCACAGGGAGAUCAAGGACCUGCGUGCAGCCCUUGCUGCAAAGAAUGGUCACACCUCCAGCGUCCUCUCCCCCAUCAGUGUCGACGCCUACAUCCCUUCCAUUGAAGGACGAAGCCUCUGGGGAGAAGAAACCAGCGCCCUCUCCGAUAUCGUUGCCGUUGAACGGCGUGGUACGCUCCACGGGGAAGAUACAGCCCCCUACGAACGCGAAAACAAGAAAAUCGGUACCAUUGUUGCAGGGCCAGACAAAGAUUGA